AUAUAUAUGCAUGCACAUACGCAUUUUGUAAAUACAGUUAAACAGAAGAAAAUAAAGAAAUUAAUAAUACUCCUGUCUACAAACAUUUAGAAAUUCUAAUCAACACUGUUUACAAAAGAUUUCAAGAAUAUAAGGAAAGUUACCAUUUGUCAAGAAUAUCCAAUUCGUUCCAUCUACUGCCAUGCUGGUUCUUUCCUAUUGCAGUAUUUUAUUCUUUGUUUUACCUCAUUUCUUUUAUACCCAGGCCAGAAAAUGGAAUGUGGAAAUUUGUUACACUGAGGCACAUAAGUCUUCAGUUCACCUUAUUUUGAACGGGGAUACAUAUACAAACAUAACAUGUCCAAACGAGGACAACUGCUUCACAACUGAAAUUGACUUGGUCAACGACACAAGACCACAUUCUAUUGACAUUCGUCCAUCUACGGAGUUCCAGAUAGUUAUUGAAAAUAAAGAUCUUGAAGAAGCGUAUGGUGUUCUGUGCGAAGCACCAUGUCCAGGAGCCAAAAUGACAUUAUCAAAUUGGACACACUGGACCUUUGAAGUUCAACGUAAUAACGCAUAUGGCAAAUAUGAGUUUUAUAUAAGGUUAGACCCUUAUGUUAAACAGAAGGUAGUAUUUCAACCAAAUUCAACAACAGCAAAUAAAUCAUUCCUCCUUCCUACGGAAAUGAAUACACUGUCAGAAAUUAAGUUAUUGACAAGAGGAAAAUUUCAGCUGGGCACAGAUAUCAAAGUGAAGAAUAUGGAUACUUCUGAAAUAUAUUCCUGUAUUUAUCUUCUUGAUCAAUUAUCUCAAGUUCCUUACCAUGAAUGUAAAUCAAUAAAUGAUUCUAUGUGGAGAGUAGAAUUAACCUCACGAUCCAGACUAAUAAGAGAUAGAGUAGUACUAACUGUACUUCUUGUAGUGCAUGGCAGUGGAAUACAUUCUUUACAUCAGCUAAGAUUAAAAAAGUUAGCUUAUAUCCCGACAUUUGCUGAAUUUGCCAUUAUUGGAAAUUUAAGAAUGAAUGAGGUUCUUGUAUACUUCAAUUACCCUCAUGAGGCUUUUGACAUAUUCCAAAUUGUCAUAACAAAUGCACUUACUGGAAAAGUAUAUGGUUGUGGUAACAUAUUUAAGCCAGCUGCUUCUAAAUAUUCAUGCAAACUACUGGGACGUAAAAUUUGGCAGCUGAUAAUUAUGUCUUCUGAAGAACUUGAGCAAGCUUUCUUUGUAGAAAUAAUUCAAGGAACAUUAUCUUCCUUCUCUAAAGGUUUAGUUUGGCAAAAUCUCUGUGAACAUGGAUAUGGCUGUGUUGACCAUUUCUAUUUGGAGACAUAUGAAGAUAAUGAAAUAACCGGCUUAAAACUGCAUUUUUUGGAUAAACCUAUCAGAAUCAAUGAUAUACGUUUGAAGAAUGAUUAUGCAGAGUAUGAAUUCAAAAUAAAAGAAGAAAGCAAAGAUAAGAAUGAGAGGUUGAUAGAAUUUAAACCACUAAGAAAAGUGAAAAGCCAACCCAAUGUAACACAGCUGAUUCUGAAAAUAGUUGUUGGCCUCUUUUCACUCUUCACAGUAUUGUUGUUCAUCAUCGUCAUCAUUGUCAGUAUCAGGUAA